AUGCACGAUUUCAAGGAAAAUGCGAUGGACAAAAACAGAGGAGAAACCGAUAACCCGGCCACCAUCAAUUGUCAAGUCAUUUCCGGGAAACCCCUGGAUUUUCAAGAAGAACUUUCUUCACAGUUGCUCGCUGAUCUCUUCAAAUCAGCGGCUUCAAACCGGAUGCUAUCCGCUCCAAAGCAACGGGGUCGGCCACCGGGGGUUAAAAACUCGACGGUGCGGUCACGUGGGCCUGAGGACCGAGAGUAUGCAUCCUAUGGCGGAAGUGAGGGGCCGGUUGAUGUGACGCUCAUGAAGAAAUUGGGAUUUAUGGGAAAGAAUUGUUCAAGCGGAGCGUCGGAUUCUGAGUCUCAACCCAGCUCGUCAUUAGUGAUGGACACCACCUUACCCAGCGCCCCUCCUCGCAUUCCGGAAAAUCAUACUCCGAGACCAUACCACACAAGGCCUCGUCCUCCACCACAAGCACCUCCAAGCUUUAUCAAGAUGGAGCCUGAGCCAAUCAGGGUCGUCGAACGGAAACGGAAGUCUGAACUGAUGCCGGAAACCGUUCAUGUUCAACAGCAUCGUUUGGAACCCGAAAACAAAAUGGCAAUGCCAAUGAUGCCGGAAAUGCCACAGAAGAUUUUUGAUGCAGAAGCGCUUGAUCUUUACAAACGAGCGCUGAGGAUGCAAAUUGAUCGGGAUGAAGCUAUGCGCGAUUACUAUCGUUUGAAGAAGCUCCGCCUGGAUUGCCAAUAU